GUGGCCACCCUGCGGUGGCACCAGACACUCUGCUGUUGGCACACGGGCCGGGCCGGGCUGCCCUCACCUCACGUCCAUGGAUUUUGUUGCUGGAGCGUUUGGAGGCAUCUGCGGUGUGGCUGUGGGAUACCCCCUGGACACAGUCAAGGUCAGAAUCCAGACGGAGCCCAAGUUCACAAGCAUCUGGCAUUGCAUCAGGGACACAUAUCGCCGAGAGCGGGUGUGGGGCUUCUACCGGGGCCUCUCGCUGCCUGUCUGCACUGUGUCGCUGGUUUCAUCCGUGUCUUUCGGCACCUACCGCCACUGCCUGGCGCGCAUCUGCCGGGCCCGUUAUGGCAGUGCCGAUGCCAAGCCUGCCAAGACUGAUGUCACUCUCUCGGGUUUCGCCUCGGGCUUCGUCCGUGUCUUCCUGACAGCCCCCACCGAGGUGGCAAAGGUCCGCCUGCAGACCCAGAAGCAGACACAGGUGCCCCUGCAGCCCCGGCGGGCCUCGGUGUCGGGUCCCACAGCUGCACCACCCUUGUGUCCCUUGUGCCCUGCGAGUCCGGCUCCAGGGCUCAAGUACCGUGGCCCCCUGCACUGCCUGGCCACAGUGGCCCGCGAGGAGGGUUUUCGAGGCCUGUACAAAGGCAGCUCGGCCCUGCUGCUGCGGGAUGGCCACUCCUUUGCCACCUACUUCCUAUCCUAUGCGCUCCUGAGCGAGUGGCUCACACCUGUUGGCCACAGCCGACCUGAUGUUUUUGGCGUGCUACUGGCUGGGGGCUGUGCAGGUGUCCUGGCCUGGGCUGUGGCCACCCCCAUGGAUGUGAUCAAGUCGCGCCUGCAGGCAGAUGACCAGGGCCAGCAGCGCUACCGGGGUCUGCUGCACUGCGUGGCAAGCAGCGUGCGGGAUGAGGGGCCCCGAGUCCUGUUCAAGGGUCUAGCCCUCAACUGCUGCCGUGCCUUCCCAGUCAAUAUGGUCGUCUUCGUGGCCUAUGAGGCUGCGCUCAGGCUCGGCCGUGGCCUGGGCCCGUAGGUGGACCCCUAGAAGUUGGUGCAGCUGCUAUUGGCCCAGCUGGCCCUGGAGGUCACUGUGCCCUUCCUAGCCUAGUGUCCCCUCAAAUAAAGCUCAAGUGGGCUCUGAGGGGUACAGGCGAAUUGGAGCCAGGCCCUGCCUAGCAUCCAACUUGGGUGCUGGCGAAUUGGAGCCAGGCCCUGCCUAACAUCCAACUUGGGUGCUGCAGCAAUAAAAUGUUCCGAGAAUGCACUGUG